GUGGCCGCCGCUGCUUCCCGCAGUUGUCCGAGAUUUUCAACCACUAAAGUAUACUGUACCUACCUACUCGUCGGGACGGACAUCAUUACCGACGACCACCACCCCCUCCCUCUCUUCCACGACACACCACACAUACACGCAUCCCACGCACGCACGCACGCACGCUGCCCAUCGCAUGCCCCGACGUUUGACACGAUCCCGACCAGGCCGCCCGCGAGCCUGUCCGACCCGGCGAGCUGCCUGCCCGACCGACUUGGUGUUGAGGCGACCGACCCGGCGCUGCCCUUGCCCUGCAACUCUUCCGCCCACCCGAACCCCUCCAGGGCUUGGCUUCAUCAACCAGCCGGCAUCUCAUCAACGCCGUCCCCUCGCCGCCGCGUGAGUACGACUCGCCAUCACUCGCACUAGCUAGGCAUCUGCGACGAAACCAUCGACACACCCCGCUGCCCUUUCUUUCCCGGUGCUCGUCGAGUGCCACACCCGCCCGCCCGCUCGCUCCCCUCUUCAACGAUCACAGCUCCACCAACUCGGCGGCGUCGCGAUGCCGUCCCAGCGACCCUACUUCCUCACCUCUUUCCUCUCCGCCUUCCGCCAGCAGGGUCCCUCCCUACAGACCACGCAACAGCCCAACAAGCACACCAGCCAGGCCUCCACGUCGGGCAGCCCAGCCGCCUCAGCGAACUACACGACUGCUGGCUACUCCCAUCACCAUCACCAUCACAACCACCAUCACGCCCACGCUCAGAGCGCAUCCACAUCGCCGCCUUCGUCAUCAUCAUCACCACCGCCGCCAUCGUCAUCCUCACCGCGCACCAUAUCCGCGGCAGCCGCAGCCGCAGCCGCCGCCUCCAUCACACCCUCUGCGUCCCCGACACCUCACAGCAACAACGCCACCGGCCGCUCCCCCUCAGCCGUAAACAGCAUCCCCAUCCCGAACCGCUCGGGCGCACGCCGCCGCGGCAGCGAUAGCAGCAGCGAGGGGUUCAGGGAUGCCCUCGGCGCGGACAAGUGGUACAUUGGCGGGCGCACCGCCGGCGGCGAGGAGCGCUUCUUCAAGCUCGGCGUUGUACGCCGCGUUCGCAGCAAUGACGGCUUGAGUCUCGACCGGCUGAGUCUAUGAUGGCUGGUUAUGAAAUGCCCACCAUGGGGCUCGCCACCGCAGCCGGCUUCACGUAGCUGGCCAACGUAUAUAAUGACUUAUGGGACAUCUUUCCGGCGCAGCGGCUUCUUUUUCACGCUCACGCGUGCCAGCACGGGACAGGGUAAAGGGAAGGGAACUACGUGUAUGUAUCUAUCGUCAAAAUACGACGUCCGUUUUGCACC